CCGACGCCCACGCCUCGAGCAACGCCUUCGGAACAACCUUCUUGCCGCCUUUUCGUCCGUGCUGGAAACCGACUCGGACGCGAAGCGAAAGUCUCGUAAAUCGCGGCGGCCUGAGCCUAUAAAAUUCCUGCAUACUAUGGCUUUGCCUCAUUCGCAUUAACAAGCUCCACAAUGUUCACUCCCCGCUUCAUCAUCCUUGCGCUGCUGAGCAGCCUCAGCUUACUUGCUAGCGCCAACGCGUCAACAUGUGCAAAGUGCCCAGACACACUGGAUGUCAACGGUGUCACCUACAAGUUAUCCAGGAGUAGCCCAGGCUUCAGCAACGGGCAAACACUUUGCAUCUACAAUACUACGAAAGGCUACGCAGAGGUCUGCGACUAUGACGUACGUGCUUUCUGGAUGCUGUGCAGCUCAUGGUUCUCGGUUGACAUGCUAGCGAUGAUCAGGCCAAAGGCAAUUUGGCGGGUGGGUAUGAGUCGUGUCCGAGCUCGUCAAGGAAGGAUGGGUGCAAAACAUGAUGCGAAGGGGAGGGGUAACGAGACGCAGAACUGGGAGAAAGUAACGCUUCUGCACUUAGAAUCUGCAGACAGCAGAGCGCAUGCCAGAUGAUCAUCUGUUAUAGAAUUGACAUCAUAUCAGUUGCAUAUCACUUACCCCUCAUUACGACGCUGAGAGUCGACUUCAAUCAUUACCAGUCCAGCUUUGCGGCCAGUGUCAUCAAUCUCGAUUCCGACGGGCUAGCUGAUGUACUCGCCAACAAGGAUUAGGCCAG